AUGGCGGCGGCGGACGACGCCAGCCGGCCGUUCGCCGGACUGUCAGACGUGUCCAUCUCGGAGGACAUCCCGGUGGAGGGGGACAUCUCCGUCCCCGUCGGCUCCUCCAGGAGAGACGACGAGUACUCGACGCUGGACGAGCCGGUGAAGGAGACCGUCCUGCGGGACCUGCGGGCGGUGGGCAACAAGUUCAUCCACGUCCUGUACCCGAAGCGGAGCUCGGCCCUGCUGCGGGACUGGGACCUGUGGGGCCCGCUGCUGCUCUGCGUCACCCUGGCGCUGCUGCUGCAGGGCGGAGCGGCCGACUCCGACGACCAGGGGGGGCCCCAGUUCGCUGAGGUCUUCGUCAUCAUCUGGUUCGGCUCCAUCAUCAUCACCCUGAACUCCAAGCUGCUGGGCGGCACCAUCUCCUUCUUCCAGAGCCUGUGCGUGCUGGGUUACUGCAUCAUGCCUCUGACCGUGGCCAUGGCCGUGUGCCGCAUCGUGCUGAUCGGCGGCUCGGGGACGGUCAGCUUCGCCGUGCGCCUGGUGGUGGUGACGGCGUCCUUCGGCUGGUCCACCUUCGCAUCCACGGCCUUCCUCGCCGACAGCCAGCCGGCCAACCGCAAGGCGCUGGUGGUGUACCCGGUGUUCCUCUUCUACUUCGUGAUCGGGUGGAUGAUCCUGACGUUCUCGCCCUCGCAGUAGAGGAGGAGGAGGAGCAGCAGGACUGGAUUUGAGUCGGCAAAGACGAGGGAGGUUGAUUUCGUGGAAGGACUCAGACGAACACUAGGAUCUGCCUUUGAACGACUACUGACGUGACUGACGUGUUCCUGAGCUUCAGCUUCUUGACUCAUGGGACAUUAUAAUAAUUCCUUAGGGAGCAGCAGGGGGUUUAUGCUGAGUCGACGCCGCGCUGCAGACGGGGUUUGAAAAAGCUGAUGAAAAUGUUCCGAUUCUUCCAGUUUGUCUCCUAAAGCUGUGUAAAAUAAAAAAAGAAGGUCCAUAUAAGCUUGUAUAUAGAAAUGCUUUAUGAAUGUUAGAAUUCCAGGGCUACCUUCAUUUGUCUCUUCCUCUCGGUCACUCUGGGGUUCUGACACUUUUACGCAGCUCGACCAAGAAACCAAACGGUCGUCUGUCAUCUCAUUUCGCUCUUUUUGCAUUUUUGUUGAAGUUUUUUCUGAGGGGUUGAUUUUUUUCUUUUCGUGAGACGACAGAUGACGUCUCAAAUGUCUUGAUCUUCACGAUCUGUCUUUACGUCCACUUGCAGACUGUCGGUGAGCUGAUGCGUUCACACGUACACGUCAUCCUCCCUCGCUGGUUUUCAAAGGCGUCCUGAGGGAACCUCUGGCUGCGAUUAGUCGACUAACCUGCCCGUCGACCAUUAACCUUUGACCCCUGCUCUGUUUCAGAGAACCUGUCAUUUCUCUUCUUAAAUCACUAACACUGUCUGGUCAUGUCUUUUAAUUUAUGGGUAUUAAUUUACAUCAAAGAAAAAAGAUUAAAAUAUAUUUGAUCUGCA